CCACUUCCUUCUGAUGGCAUUACCACAAUCUUUGAGAACAUCCGUGACUCCACUAGAGCUUGAGCUCAUCGCCUCUGAGCAACUGGUCGAGAUUGUCCCCUUGAUCACAAUGGAAAAAACAGCUUUCAUUUCGGGCGCAUAUGGACCACUACGACCGCCGGCAAAAUGUCGGAUACCUCUUUGGAUGGCUACUAAUCUGAAGCUAAAGAAAAAAUGUCAUAUCGUACCCCCGGAAUGGCUCAGUGUAGAUUUUUUGCAGGAGCGGCUAACAAGAGAAACGAGUCGGCCGGAAUUUAGCAAGCUGCCUUUCCGUUUUGCAGAGAUAGCCAAGGUCAUCCUUGACGUUGCCUCGGAUGAUGUGCAGAAUGCAGAUAAAAUCAAGUCAUUACUGAAAGAUCUUCGCGAAGCUCGACAAGCUAAAAGUCGCGAUGGUUUGCAAAAAUUAGAUCACAGCGAGCUCAGUUUGCCAAACCUGUGUUCUAUGGAAAUCAACGAGAUUCGACCUUUCUUCAUACAAUCUAUGGGAAUACUAACACAGCUUGUUAGAGAGCCUUCUGCUGAGUAGCACUUGGCUUCUUGCCCUGGGUCGCGGAAAUGCACCGGUGUGUCUAUUUAUCUGACCUCUGUA